GUUGUCUACCAGAACUACUCGCCUGCUACCAGGACAGCUCAUCAUGUGGGGAGAAAUGUUGGGCGCUGCUAUAGGAGGAGUUGUGGCUGUGGCAGCUGCACCCGUCGUCCUGUCUGCCGUGGGCUUCACUGGGUCAGGCAUUGCAGCUGCAUCCAUAGCGGCCAAGAUGAUGUCUGCUGCAGCAGUUGCCAACGGGGGCGGAGUCGCAGCAGGAAGCCUGGUAGCCACACUACAGUCAAUAGGUGUACUUGGACUCUCCACAUCAACCAACAUCAUCUUGGGGUCUGUUGGGGCAGCCAUAGGAGCUGCCGGAGCCUCAGAAGUCUCCUAAGCACAGGAGCCUCCAAUGCAAGAUUUGAUCUUAGGAGGUGACAUCUCCACCAGUUUAACCCUCGAUGAAGUCAGAGAAUGACGGAAAAAUAAAGGUGGUUUGUUGGUGUGGCUCUUUGAA